CGGGUCUCAGUCGGGGCAUUUCGGCUACAAGUUCUGACCUCGGGUUCUGACCACUCCCCUCAAACGAAACGGCCUGUGUCGACAAUCAUUCUUAAGGGGCGUGUACCAAAUUUUCUCUGUUUAAACAUAGCGGCUGAUCUUCGUGAACUUCAUAGCUGAACUUAAUAUGCCGUGAUCCUUUAUAAGAAAUAUUGUGACAUAUUAUUGUAUGAUGAUAUAUUUGGCAUAGAAAACGGAAUUCGAUAAAGUUUGAUUCUUCACGAGGUAAAAUAGUUUAUUUCUAUCUUUAUUGUAAAAGCUAGCCAUAAACUUUGCAUGAUCACAAUUAAUCUCGUAUAGACCUUAUAUGUUAUGACAUAAUUAUCGAAGGGGCAUGAUAUACGCAUGCUCUCAUAUUAUGCGCAUCGAGAUCUUGGCUGCACACACCCCUCAUCCCCCGAUGGAAUAUCAUCUGAGCCUGGGGGAGUUGCUUCAUUAUCAGUAAGCAGAUUAUAUCGUGCAUGAGUAAUGAGAUGCGACGUAUUCGCUCUAUAUGCAUGCGUGGACGUCUUUGCCCGGCGCAACAUCGUCAACGCCGGAUUGUAAACUUCUCAGUGAGGCGCUCGAAUGCGCAUUGUACUUGACUCGAGUCUUGGCGGGAAGAUACAUGCAAAGAUUUGUGCUCUCGCAGAUAAACAUUACCACGUAACAGACACAGCGUGCAAGGCAUCUCCCGAAGGAGUACACACGAACGAAGGAGUUGUACAAUGGACCAGCGCGUGGAAGGUGAUUCACGUCUUAUAUUCGCAUCGUCUGUCCCAUUGCCAAUGUAGUCGAUGUCGAUGAAUACCAUACACGAUAAUCGACGAUGUCACUCAUCCAUCCACGUCAGUAUGAUAGAUGAUGAAACAAAAACUCCGAUAAGAUUCCGAUGUAUGGAACCUUGAAUUAGGAAUCCACAGAAGACCGCGCUCAUGCUUCGCUGUCCAAUAUUCAAUCAGUGAGGGGAUUUAAUGAACCCUUGAAAGGGCAGAUUUAUCUUCAUAAAAUAUUCAAAGCAAGACAGCCCACAAGGUAGGCGGAACUCAUCCCUAACAGCAUUUCUGCGUUCGAUGGUGUGUUGGGUGCCUAGACUCGUUUUCUUUGAUUUAUGGUUUAUUACCAACACUGAACGAGUACUACUAGAAGAAAGUCAAGUACACUUACAUGGAAGUUUAACCGGAUUUUCCCGAAUUUAAGGGUAUAUAAAUUAUUAUUCUCAUAAGUACUUGGUAUGAAUAGUUUCUUCUUAUGGCCAUUAUUCGUGUUCAUUUCUGUGCACAUUGUCUAAAUUAUAUACCCCCACAGAGUGUGUUGUUUGACGGUGUAUCGCUUUUCGACAUGGAAGCCAUCUCUUAAGUACUGUAUCAUCGUAGGAAUACUUCAUGUAUACUGUCAAUCCGAAAACAUCUGAGAUGUCGAUUGAAAUAAUUAUGAGAACUUAAAUUGAAAAAAAAAGUGAUACUCCAUUUAUAUUUCAUUACACUGGCAGUGGUCGUCAACUGUAGAUAAACAAUUUCAGGCCAGAUAUUAUACGGGUAUAGUAACAUUAUUAUUUUUCUUUACCUCACUGAACUCGAAGAUGCCAUGAAGAGGUAUGAAGUCAACUUGAAAUAACAAGGAUAGUUUUAAAACAUACGUUCUAUUAAUAAUCGAUCGAAUUGUUUACAAACAGAAUGGCUCGUUGGACGUGGAAAACCUUAACAUUGGUAACUUUUGUGUGUAUCGUUAUAAAAGUGGGUUACAGUGGGUUGAAACUUGACCGAACAGAUGCGGCAAAGAGAGAUUCUAGACACUCGACCCUCGUAUCUUACGACCACAAGACGCCUUAUACCUCCAAAGCGCGAAUGAAUUCGACUACGACGUCGUCCGGUGGUCGACGGUGUCAGAGGCUGUGGGAGAAAGGGACUUCAGAAUGGUUUGAUAAGAGGUUUAAUGCAUCACUGCUCCCUGUCUGGAUGAAGGAGAACGCGAAGCUGUCGGAGGAGAUUAAGAAAUGGUGGCUGCGUUUACAAAGUCACGUGGACAAGGAUUACCUCGGCGCCCUCGACAAGGCAUUCAAGGUUAUCCCCAACCCCGAAAGGUUUCUGAAACGCAACAGAUCACGAUGCCUCCGUUGUGCCGUGGUCGGGAACUCAGGCAAUCUGAAAAACAGCAGCUACGGGACCCUCAUCGACACGCACGAUGCAGUCGUAAGAAUCAAUCGGGCAAAGGUGAAAGGCUUUGAAAAGGACGUGGGGAAGAAAGAUACAUAUCGAUUGAUGUACCCAGAAAGCUUCACAGACAUCACCCCAGAGACAACCUUUGUUUUGCUCGGCUUCAAGGUGUUAGAUCUGAAUUGGGCCCGAAGUGCAAUUACGACAGGCGAAAUCAAAAAAACUUACACCAGCGUAAAAGCAAAAAUCAAAGUAGCCCCUUCGAAGAUACUUUUCUACAACCCCACUUUGAUGCACCAUAUUCAUAAAGAAUGGAUCGACGGUAAGGGGCGCUAUCCAUCUUCUGGAACUUUGGCCGUUUUCUUCGCUCUCCAGUUUUGCGAUGAGGUGAGUGUAUUCGGUAUGGGAGCGAACAGCAAAGGAUAUUGGGAUCAUUACUGGGAGGCCAACGAUGGCUCGGGAAACUCGGCCUUCCUCAAGACACACGUUCACAACUCCGACCACGAACUCGAAAUCCUCAAGAAACUGGCAGAGGAAAAGAUCAUCAAGAUGUACCAGGGAGUGCGAUAACCCAUGUGACCUAUUUGAUGGUAUCUGGCUUCCGUCGAAUGAAAGGUUACUGUUAUGGUAACUUUGCCAUCCAGUUGUAACUGCCAUGGCAACAAUGCUCAACAGCCAAUCAGGAUCGAGGAUUCUGUGAAAAACUACCAUUGGUCGGUGUUUCAUAAAGCCGUUCGUAAAGUUACGCCUGACUGACUUUACGCGCGACUGGAACAUUUUUUAAGGUGCGAAGUCAGUAACAUAGUGAUAUAUCAUUUAGCGCAAGAAAGGAUCACCAGUCAUUCGUUAUUUACAACGGCUUUGUGAAACACUCACCGGGUGUUUCCAUAAACAUCACCCACCUUUUAUCUGACACCACUUUCCUGACACCCCAUUUCCCCCCUUCACUCUUGGCAGUGUUUUCAUUCUGUUAUUGGCCCCUCUGAAAUGAAUAUUCAUCAUCAGAAAAAAUAAUGGGGUUAUAAUUAUGUUAUGGACACACCCAAUGAUAUUCCACUUUCAUCGUAUAACCGUUUGGAAAAAAUCGCCUUACUAUAAUUUAUGUGAGAAGCCGUGUUGGUUUGUGUGUCCAUAGAAACAAGAAACCAUACCACGUCUUCUUGUACUUGUAAUCACGUUUCAUAUUCAUCAUGUUUCACGUUUAUUAUCAUUAAUGUGGCAGGUAGUGUAUGAGCCGGGGAAAACACGCG